AUGGACAAAUUCCAAGCUUUUGGGAAGAACAUUUCUUCCACCAUCAACCCAUGGACAGCUCGAACACAGCAAUAUUUCAAGGAACAGAUUGGUACAGCCGACGAGAAGACUGAGCUCCCGUCCGACUACAUCGAGCUCGAAAAGCGUGUCGAUGCACUGAAACAAGUGCACCAGAAGCUGCUCUCCGUGACUUCUCAAUACUCUAAUGAGGCCUACGACUAUCCCCCUAACAUCCGCGAAUCCUUCACCGAUCUCUCCCGCACCAUCUCCGACAAGGUCAACCUCCUAUCUCACGCCACUUCUCCCGCAGAAGCUCAAGCAGCCUUGACGGCUCCGCCAUCCGCAAAACCGCAGCCCAAGACAUUCCCACACGCUAUCGCCCGCGCUGCACUAGGUGGCAGCCAGCUGCUCAACGCGCAUCCCGCAGCCAACGCCUCCGGUGAAGAUCCUCUAGCCACCGCCCUCGAGAAAUAUGCGCUAGCGUCCGAAAAAGUCGGCGAGGCGCGACUGGCACAGGAUGCGCAGAUCCAGAAACAGUUCUUGGCGGGGUGGAGCACGACCUUGAAUACAAACCUCAUGUUCGCGACACGGGCGAGACGGAGUGUGGAGAACGCGAGGUUGGGUCUUGAUGCGCAGAAGAGUAAGACGAGGACGAAGAGUCAAGUGGGCAUGAGUGGGGAGGUAGAGGAUCUGCCUGUUAGCGAGGAUGUGAGGGCCGAGGUCGAGAAGAAGGAGGAUGAAUUUGUGGGUGUCACAGAAGAGGCGGUGGGUGUAAUGAAAAAUGUACUUGAUACGCCCGAGCCGUUGCGGAAUUUGGCGGAUCUCAUUGCUGCGCAGCUUGAGUACCACAAGAAGGCUUACGAGGUCUUGAGUGAACUGGCUCCUAUUGUGGAUGGUUUGCAGGUUGAGCAGGAGGCGAGCUAUCGAAAGAAUCGUGAGGGUGCUUGA